UAUUUUACAGUUGCCAACUUGCCGUAUCAGUCCGACCCUUUCCUUCAAAUCCCUAAUUUCCUCGGCGAAUCUCAAGCGACUGCGUUCUCCCUCAGCGGCAGUCGCUCAACUUCCUCCGCCCCUUUUGUUUACUUCUACAAUGUCGGGGUUGCUUAAUGCCAGCGAUAGAUUUAACAUCAACUCUCAGCUUGAACAUUUGCAAGCUAGAUAUGUAGGUACUGGGCAUGCAGAUUUGACCAGAUUUGAAUGGGCUGUCAACAUCCAGCGUGAUAGCUAUGCUUCAUACGUCGGGCAUUAUCCUAUCUUGGCAUAUUUUGCUGUUGCAGAGAAUGAAUCUAUUGGGAGGGAGCGUUACAACUUUAUGCAGAAAAUGCUUCUUCCUUGUGGUCCGCCUCCAGAAAGAGAAGAGGAUUAGAUCCAAGAAUUUAGAAGAUUCCUUGAUGGAUGUAAAACAGGUUCUUCAUGUUGUUAGACAGACUUUAUCACUUGCGUGCAAACUUGACAUAUAGUGUGCUAUCUCAAACAACCCUUUAAAAUACUUUUGAUGUUCUUCUUCUUGAUUGAAAAUUUGAAUUGUCUGUUUAGUUUCUU